CUUUUCCUGGUUGCAUUGAAUCAUGGCGUCUGUUCAAUCUCUGCACCAGGGAGUCCCACCAGCCCUGUCUGCUAAAGUUGUUGAGUCAUUUGCAUAUUUGACAGUGAGGGACAGGUUUCCGACUAUCUUGACAAGGGUCAUUGACACCAUCCACCGCAGUAAGAACAAGUUCUUCGAGGAAUAUGGAGAGGAAGGUGUCCAGGCUGAGAAAAGGGCCAUCUCCUUCCUGUCCAAGCUGAGGAAUGAGAUGCAGACAGACAAGCCUGUGCUAGCCCUCUCUGAUGGCCUGGAGGACACAGACUCCUGGAACCAGUACCUGCUGAGACAACAGAGCCUGAUGGGCGACCAGGACUCUGUCAGCUGGUUCAAAUCCCCCUGGCUCUAUGUGGAGUGCUACAUGUACCGCCGGAUACAUGAGGCCAUCUGGCUCAAUCCACCUAUAUGUGACUUCGAUGCGUUUAAUGAAGGAAAGACCCAGAGUUACUUUGAAUCCCAGCAGGCUGUGAUAGCCCUGUGUACGUACCUGCAGGGGCUCCACAGAAACAUGGGUGAGCUGUCAGAGAGCCACUUACUGGAGCAGUUUCUCAAACUACUGCAGGUUUCUCUGUGGGGAAACAAGUGUGACUUGUCCAUCUCUGCUGGUCAGGAUAACUCCCAGAAAGCCAAUCCAAUCGACUCUCUCGCUGACCUCCGACCUUUCAUCCUUGUGGAUGACUCCAACAUGGUGUGGUCGACCUUGACCUCGGCUCAGAGACACGGGGAGGACGGCCAGCACUCGGCUGGGAGGGUGGACAUCGUCCUGGACAACGCUGGCUUUGAGUUGAUCACCGACCUGGUCCUGGCCCACUUCCUGAUCUCCUCAGGUCUAGCACGCGAGGUCCGUUUCCAUGGUAAAUCUAUCCCUUGGUUUGUCUCCGAUGUCACUGCUCAUGACUUCCAGUGGACCAUUCGCCAGACUCUUGCAGCCAAUCACAAGUGGAUGUCCAAGAGUGGCGCAGAGUGGCAGAGCUUGGUGCGGGAGGGAGUGUGGUCCUAUCACGACCACCCAUUCUGGACGCUGCCCCACGAGUACUGUGACAUGGCAGCAGACGCUCCCGACCUUUAUGCAACACUGCAGGGAGCUGACCUGAUUAUUUUCAAAGGAGACCUGAAUUACAGGAAGCUGGUUGGUGAUAGGGACUGGGAGCACACCGUGCCAUUUGAUAGGGCCCUGCGAGGGUUUGGGCCCGCCCCUCUCUGCAGCCUGCGGACUCUGAAGGCCAACGUGCAGGUAGGGCUGCAGCACGGGCAAGGGGAGAACCUCAGUGUCCAAGAGCCUGGCUGGAUGACCAGCGGCAAGUAUGCUGUGGUCCAGUUUUUCAGCCCACACCGGGAACAAUAGGACUGUCACUUGAAGCAAUGUCAUAAAUGCAAGUCUUUAUUUGGGUAAAGGUUGUGUCUCAAUACUUUUCUUAAACCUCCUUUCUUUGUGCAGUUGUCUACAUGAGCAUGGUUAGCAUUUAGCAGGGCAAAGGAUGGAACACAUGAAAUUAGGUUUGAGAUGCUGCUGUGGGCUGAGUUGAGGACAUCUAGUGAAAGAGAAUAGUGCUACUAGUCUGUUAAUGGUUGAAAUAAAAACAUUGUUCCUAGUGCUUAAGAUAGUCGACUAAGAGUAGGAAUGGUAAGAUGGCAGUGCUAGGAUAAACACACACAGCUGACUCCUGCUCUGUAGUGUUUCAACUUUAUGCACAGUAUUAUUACAGCACCUCGGAAACCAUUUUGUUUAUUAGUCUAUUUUGAAUCCACAAAUGAAUUUAUCAACCAAACAGUUCUGUAUUUUCAGUAGUAUCCUUUGUUAGUCUGUGCGCUUUAUUCAGACAUGAUGUUUACAUACGAGAUCAUACCAAUUGUUGAAAUAAAUAUCUUUCGUUUAAACUUUUGAAUCCCAAGCCAUACUUUUGGAUUACAAUGGAUACAUUUUGAUACUUCAUUAGUUGCAUGAGAUUUAAAUCUCAAAAUGAAACGGCAUUAAGACUGGAUCUUUUCUUCAAACUUUAAAGUUCAACUUUGAGUUUGAAUUCAGGUUUUAAUGUCUGUGGGAUUUCUGUCUCAUCAAAAUGUUGAAAUGUUGCAUGUGCUGUUGUAAUGCAUGUAUCAGGGUUCAGUAUCAAGAUAUUACAUGUUACAAGUGAAUGAGUAAAUAUCAUGUGGACAUUAAAUAAGUUGAGCCGAUUAAUCGCUACUGUCAAGAGGUCAAUGUAACAAUAACAUAGUCUACAUAUAUACUGUGUACCUGUUUAAGGAAGAUCCUCAAAACCUAUGUAAUACAGUUGAUUAAAAGGGUUCUGACUGUCUAGAUUGU